GAGAUAGAGAGAUACAAAAGAGUUUCCGACAAGCUGUUCCUAACACCACCGAGAGUCGAUAGAAAAACAGCGAAGUCUUUAAACAAGAAAAAAUGGUGGAAGUGUGGUGGCCACUGUUAGCAGCAGCAGUCCCUGCCCUAAUCGGAUCCCAAGCAUUGAGGAUAAAGAAGAGACGCGGAGAAGAAGAGAGGAUCAAAAGCGCUAGAGGAAGAGAGAAAAGCUCUGAUGAGAUCUUUGUCUGUGAAAGAGUUUGCACUUCCAAAAGAAUGCUCAAAAAAGUUGGAGCUUUCUCUAAAGAUCCUAUUCCAGACACUUGUGUUACUGUCUGUGGUGUAUCUGAGCUUGACGCUUGCUCUGAUGCUUGUGCUCGAACGGUGUGUGUGAAUCAGCAUCAGGUUGCUAAUUGGAAUGAUAUUUGUCUGAGGAGGUGUCAGAGUGAGUGUCUUAAGCUCUCUUCUUCUUCUUCUCGCUCUUCUUGAAAUGUUUAGAGUUUGAAAUCUCUCUUGUGUCUGAGUGCUAUGAUUGGUUCCUUUUGAGAUGGAAAUGGUGUUUGAAUCUGAACUUUUUUUGUAAGUUAAGUGACGUUAUGAGUAAUGUUGGUGGAUUACAUUUGCAUUUCAUCAUGUUUUGAGGUUUGUUUGGUAACUUUCUCAGCUGUUUUUUUGAACUACUUCUCCUAUGACACCUCCUGCUAGUUUUGCUGAUUCUUCAAUGGCUUCUUUGCUUACUUCAAGGCUCCUUGUGGCCGCCUCUUUCACUUUAUCUUCUCCUUUGUCUUCUCCUUCUUUGUCCUUGUUGUUUUUGUCUCUGUUGCUUCUGAAACAGUCACAACAAAACAAUAGUGUAAUUGAAGGGUAAACCCAAGAUCAUAGUGUAUGGAUGCUUGUUUGUUUACUCUAGAUUUGGAGGGUAAAGCUUCGUUUGAAUCUUC